UCGUGGAAGGUGCUCUUGUUUGGACGGUUCGGGAAUCUCUUGGAAUACAAAAAUGGGAGCCACAAGGAACGGGAAGGUAAUUGUGGAAACGGAUAACCUUAUCAUUGAGGUAGGGGAGGAGAAGAUCCGGUGUAAGCAGUAUUCCUGGUACUUUGCCCCCACGUAUCUUCUAUUCUGGGUGGGACUUUUCUUCGCCGUCAUCUACCCACUUUUCCAAGCUCUGCCCACCGGAAUUAAGAUCUCCGAAGAAGCAGAAAAGCCGGGACAGUUCGUGGCUGAAAGAGCACAGCAAAUUUUGCUGAAAAUAAGUCAAAUGGGACCUCGAGUGGUGGGCGAUGUUAAUAAUGAGGUCACCGUCGUGAAUUUGCUGCUUGAGGAAAUUGAGAAAGUGCGUCAGGUUUUGCGUGACGAUGUCUAUGAUAUGGAAGUUGAAGUACAACGGGCAUCCGGCUCUUAUUUAAUAAAAGGCCUGACGAAUCACUAUCAAGGUGUGCAGAAUGUGAUCGUUAGAUUGAGUACAAGGAGCUCGAACAGCAGCUCUUACCUUUUGGUCAACAGUCACUAUGACACAAAGCCUGGGUCACCUGGUGCUGGAGAUGAUGCUGCUAUGGUCGUCGUAAUGCUAGAAGUUCUACGACUGGUGGCCAUUUCGGGGAAUCCCUUCCUCCAUCCCAUUAUUUUCCUAUUCAAUGGCGCCGAAGAGCAACCGAUGCAGGGCUCACAUGGUUUUAUCACUCAGCACAGAUGGGCAGCAAACUGCAAGGCACUUCUUAAUUUGGAUUCUGCCGGUGCUGGAGGUCGUGAUCUGCUCUUCCAGGGCGGUCCCAAUCAUCCAUGGCUAAUGGAACAUUACAGAAACAAUGUCCCGCACCCAUUUGCCACCACUACGGCCGAGGAGAUUUUCGAAGCUGGCAUCAUACCAUCGGAUACUGAUUUUAGAGUUUUUCGUGAUUUCGGAGUGGUGCCAGGUUUGGACAUGGCUGGCGUCUACAAUGGCUUUGUAUAUCACACGGAAUUCGAUAGGUAUACGGUAGUAAGCCGUGACUCCCUGCAGAAUUCCGGCGAUAACUUGCUAGCCCUGGUGUGGAGUAUUUCAAAUGCCGAGGAAAUGUAUGACACUGAGGCUUAUGCUUCUGGACAUGCUGUAUUCUUCGACUUUAUUGGACUGUUCUUUGUGCAUUACCAGGAGUCGACUAGUGUGGCCCUGAAUCUCUCCUUCUCCUUUGGGGCCAUAUUCCUGGUCUGUGUCUCCCUGUGGCGAAUGUCGCGAGUUACGGGAGAGUCGAUGGGUACCUAUGCCGGCACUUUUGGACUCUUGUUCCUCCUGGCUUUGGCAGGGGUACUAUUAGCCUUAGGUUUUCCCCUGCUAAUAGCCACUUUCUAUGAUUUGGGAAAUCGAACUUUGACUUACUUCAGCAAUAGUUGGCUGGUGAUUGGCUUGUACAUCUGCCCGUCGGUUAUUGGUCUUGUUUUACCCAUGACUCUCUAUCUGACGCAUAAGAAGAGUAAGAAGAUCCCGCAUACGUACUACCUACAUAUAGUGGGACAUGCUAAUUGCGUUCUUCUGGCCAUCUUAUGUUUGGGCGCCACAUCUCUUAAAUACCGCAGUGCUUACCUGUUCCUAAUCUCUCUCAUCUUCUAUGUUGCUGCUCUGAUUAUUAACUUGUUAACUCGGCUUCAUUGUCGUGGUUACUUGUGGUCCCUGGUGCUGAUUUUCUUCCAGAUAAUACCCUUCAUAUACCAUGCCUAUUUGUUCCAUAUGUUCAUAGUGAUCCUGAUACCGAUGACUGGACGCUUUGGUGUUUCCACCAAUCCGGAUCUACUGAUUGCAGCUUUGUGUGCUUUUGGAACGAUUCUGGCUUUGUCUUUUGCUGCUCCUCUAAUCAACAUUUUCCGGCGACCCAACUGCAUGCUUGGAGGCCUGGCAUUGGUUAUGUUUAUUUUCUGCAUGAUUACAGUGUCGGAUGUGGGAUUCCCCUACCGGGCCAAAACGAACGUGAUGCGAGCUGACUUCAUGCAAGUGCACCGGAAAUUCUUUGAGUAUAAUGGCUCAAUGAGCCUCGAGGACUCUGGCUACUAUUUCCAUCUGGGAGAUCGUAAUAAAGAAGCUCCUCUGAGAGAUUAUAUGAACCUGACCGAUCUAGUUCUCCUGGGCGAGGACUGCGACUCAGAGUUGAUGUGCGGGAUUCCCUGUUAUCGGUAUUGCAGUUCACGUACACAUGCCCUCUGGCUUGCCAGAGAGGAGCACGUGCAGCUGCCGUAUCCAACAGUUUUGGAGUUUCUUAACAAGACUGUUCUUGAUGGAGGCUAUCAAGUUCGAUAUGACUUUCGAUUAACUGGACCACCGAAUAUGGGUCUGUUCUUCAAGCCGCUGGACGGUGUUAGAUUGCUCCGAUGGACGUUUGCUUCUGGAAUGCUGGACAAUCCGGCAACCUACAGGCCACCACUUGAAGUCAUGUUAACCUAUGGGAUUGAUAGCACUCCCUUCGAGUUUUUCGUGGAACUUUCGAAGGACAAUGGCAACUUUGAUGAGCCCGUGUUCGAGAUGGGCGUAUCCGGGCACUACGUUAGUCCCCAUGACGAACGGGAUGCGCUGAGCAAAGAGUUCCUGGCCACACUUCCGGACUUUGCCUUCUCCAUGGAGUGGCCCAGUAGCUACGAGCGACAUAUAUUUUAGGUGGAUGGGAAUAGGUUCUAAGUAUACCAAGUCAUUGACACUCACAAAUCGAAAACUUGAAUUUUUUUUUGGGAAAAUUGAAAUGGAAGGGGAUCAAACAUUGGAUGCUGCAUUUCACAAUGUGC